AUGCAGGCCUACGCCUGCGCUCGCUGCGUCCGGUCGCAGCAGCGCUCAGUGGUCUCCAUCGCGGCCCUGUCCAUCCGCUCUCGAAAUAGUCGUUUUUUCGGCGCCAAUAUUCCACGACGUGCCUUUUACAGUGAUCAUAAGACAUCUCCGAGCUCGGACGUGCGGACGGCCGUCGAUGAGAUCCUGUUGAAGUCCGAAUUCGAAGCGAAGAAGGACAUUCGAGAUUAUCUGCGGAAAUGGCAGGAACACCACGAUAACUCUGCAGACCCGGUUCGCGGCCCCGGCACGACGAACCCCCUGAAGAAAGAGGAAUCAUUGGUGGGGAACAUGUUGAACGACAGCCGGGAGGCCUAUGACGCCGGAGGCGACAGGGAGCGCGCUGACGAGGAAGAGAAGACCGAGUUUUUCCACGACAUGGACGAGGGAAAUGAUAUGAAAGCCUUUCUGGAGCCAGGUGACCUGGUCGGCCUUCAAUCUGCUCAUGGCACCAUGACCAUGGCGAUCUAUAUCCGCUCCGUCCAGAAACAGCAGCAAUUCUAUACCUCCCGAGGAAAGUGGCGAGUAGCCUCCAAUAAAGACCUUGACUACGUUCUGAAAGGGUUUGCUCCGAGGGAACUGGUCCAAAGGCUGCAUCCAUACCUGCCCGAUGGUGUCACCGAGGCCAACACCGAAAUACAGUCGUUCAUCGAAGGGGGCGUACCGCGACCAGUUGGCGCUCCUCUCAUUCUCAUGCUACAAGAGUUUGAGGAACAAGCCCGAAGCUUUUACAGGGAACAUCCCAGCGAAUUGGACAACAUAUACGACCGGGUUGCUGACGAAAACGAGCGUCUGGAAUUCACAGUUCAGAAAUUGGCUGCUAAAGCUUUGGGGAUGGACGAGUCAGAGUUGACCGAUCCUAUCUUGUUUCUGGUUCACAGGGCCGUGACACGAUAUCCUUUUGUCAUCGAUUACGAUCGGACAUCCGUCUUUACCGAUCAUUACUUGGUGCAGCCAAAGCGGGUCGCUAAAGUCAUCGAGACCGUGGGGAAUUGGGUUCGGGAACACCAGGACCAUCUCGCCCGAGUUGCUAUGGGCAAGGAGUCAAAUUUCAAGGAUCAUCCUUUGCAGAAAUUCAUCAACAAGGCACAGCGGUUGAUCCGCCAAAGCCGAAAUGUUCGGUCGCCUACGACGAUGGCCAACGUGGGCCCAACAGCGCAGAGAUUUUCAGCCGACGAGACUAAGGACGGCCGGGUCUACCGUGAGGUUCCAACGGAGAAGUUCAGCGACACCGAUCGGAUGAUCAUUGAAUAUCUGCAGCUCUAUUGCAUCCCUCCACGACGAAUGAGAUCUGGCAUUAUGAGAUAUGCAGGGGCUCAUAUCAUGCGAUCCACCGGUCAUGGGAUAUCGUCUCGUUCGGAUAAACAGAUGCAAAAUACGUGGCAGACGGCUAGCGCAAUGUGUGGUAACCCCCCCCAGGAUGUGAUGCAGGAUCUGAGGACCGACUGGGGGGACUUGCCGGUUUACUGUGUGGACGAUGUUGAUUCGAAGGAGAUUGAUGAUGGUGUUUCUUUGGAAAAGGUUCCUGGAUCCAGCGACACGUACUGGAUUCGCGUCCACGUUGCAAAUCCGUCUGCCUUUAUUCCUCAUGACCAUACCGUCGCACAGUAUGCUGCCCAUCGUUUUCAAACUUUAUAUGUUCCUGAACGCACAUAUCCCAUGUUGCCGGAGCCUUUGACAGGGAAAUACUUCAGUCUGGCUCCCGGUCGCCCGACAUUGACCAUCAGCGCCAAGAUCAAUACAGAAGGAGAGGUUCUCGAGACCAACAUCGUCAAUGGGUACAUUCGCAAUGUCAUCUAUCUGACUCAUGACAAACUGCGUGAGCUUUUUGCUGGCGGUCCUAAGAAACAGCCAAAGACGUUUGUCGUGGGCGGAGAACUGCCACAGCAGAAGGCCGGAAGGGAAUUGCGAGAGACACUAACCGAGGAGGACAAGAAGACUUUCCAAACCCUCAGACAAAUUAUGCUUGGCUUCAGGAAUCAACUGAAAAAGAAUGGUGCAUUCUCCUGGCCUGAGAAAAUCGAGACGCCUGUCUCUGUCUACGGCGGGAGGAACCUGCCCAAGCAUCGGCUGGACGUUACGCAAGGGCGCUACUUCCUUGGAGACCCUGUCAUUUCGCUACAGUGGCGAGAUUAUGACCCUCACGUAGUUCCCGAUCUAACCAAAGAGAAUCUAAUCUCGACAAUCAUGAAUUUCGCUUGCUGGGUCACCGGGCGAUGGUGUGCUGAUCGCAACAUUCCCGUCAUCUACGAUGGGACGUGGUAUCAUCCCGAGUACCCGCCGCUCACCAGCGAAAACAUUUCGCAGUACGGAGGCAAGAAUUGGCUUUUGUAUGCACCUCCUCGAGGCAUCUCUUCCUCCAGUGUACUCACCCAUUAUGCGCUGGGUUUCGACGCCUAUGUGAAAAGCACCAGUCCGCUGAGGCGAUUCUCCGACAUGCUGGCCCAUUACCAGGUCGAGGCCGCCCUGCGCUACGAAAGCCAACAUGGCCGGAAGUUCGACGCGACGCAGGAUCCGUCUGUCUUGCCAUUUCCCAGGAGCGAAGUGGACAGGGUUAUCGAACGGUCCCGGUGGCUUCGUCCGCGGAUAAUGCAAUGCGAGUCCGCUUCGUACCAGUUCUGGGCUUGCCAGCUGCUCUUCCGAGCGUUCUAUUUCAACGAGUGCGAGCUGCCGGAGACGUUCCCCUGCGUGGUGCACCAGCCGCUGUCGCACGUCACCCUGUCGCAGACGGAGCAUCUGGAGGGAUACGUGGCCUACAACCUGCCAUUCGGGGUUCGAUGUCAACUUUUCGUACCUCGCGACUUCCCGGAGGUGGAGAUGCUCAGUGUCGUGGACGCCAAGAUCAUUGCUGUUGAUCUGGCGCGAGAGGUGGUCAUCAUGGAAGCGGUUCGGCUGGUCAAACACUUUGAGAGAAUUGGCGAAUGGGCUUGA